AUGAACGGGAACGUGCGCGUCGCGGCGUUCGGACCCUGGCGCUCGCUGCGGUUCAACGAGGUGGAACAAGGGCUGACGUACGUCGGCGACGCGGGCGCCGACGCCGACGCGCUGCCGUACGAAUACCUGCGCGUGAUGACGGCGGCGUCGAUCGGGCUGUGCGCGCGCAAGGGACUGGAUUUAGUGACCGCGAAUGGAAGGCUGUUUUACGUCGGCUUGGGAUCGGGGGCGGCGCCGGCGUUCGCGAAGAAGAAAUUCGCGGCGUGCGACGUCGAGGUGUGCGAGAUCGAUCCUUUGGUCGCGGACGUGGCGAGGGAGCACUUGAAAGUAGGGUUCGUGGACGCGCGCGAGAGCGAGAGUGGAAGCCGUGAAGGAACGUCGAUGAUGCGAGUGGUGUUGGGGGAUUGCGCGAGCGUUUUGCGUCGGCGCGAUGGUUUGGAUAUCGUCUUCGUCGACGCGUUCGACGGCGCGGGCGAGAUUCCGAGUCAUCUCAGCGAAGACGCGUUUCUUCAGACGUGCGGCGAGGCGCUCAAAUCGGAUGGUAGCUUAGUGUUGAAUAUGUUUAACGGUGUGCGAGGGUCACCGGCCCGAGAGGCGGUGCGGGACUUUGCUCGGCGACUCGAGCGGUGGAUCGGACCGGUGUGUAGCUUUCCCGUCAUGGAGUCGCCGGUGAACGUCGUUCUCAGCGCGACGAAGCGAGGAACGGGUGAGCCGAGACCGACUCGUGAAGAGUUUGUCACGGCGACGAAAUCCGUGGGCGAGCGCGCGGGUUUCGAGUGGAGUCCGCACAAACUCGUGGAGGGCGCGUUUUGGGUCGACGCGACUGGAAGCGGCGAAAUGUUGGAGAGCGUGGCGGGCGGCAAGCGAGGAGUUUUAGGGAAAUUUAAGGGUCGAAACGGCACCGUGAUGCCGCGAGAGUUUGAGAACGUGCUCGAGAGUGAUUGA